AUGUCUUGGUUGACGGCCAAGGCAGAUCGCAGCGUAGCCGGUAGGGAGACGAUGAACAGAAAGUUGGAGUUGGCGUGGGAGUUGACGUCGAAGUUGGAGCUGGAAUUCGCGUUGGAGGGAAAAAGCGAGCCCCCAGCAGCCAAUAAACAGCGCGGGUACCGGUACCUUGAAACAAGCCUAUCCCGAGCGUGGCAGAUGCAUGCCAACGCGGGAGUGGAUCACCGCCACCGCACGCCCCCUCCGGCCGCUAUAUUCCUCGAUCCGCAACGAUCUGCCCACCGAGAGAGCAAGGUGUAUUGCGUGAAGCAGGGCCACACUCCCGCACUGCCAACACAUAUUUGA